UGAGAACUUAAAGAUGGCUUCUCACGAGGUCUGCAAAUAUGGAACAAGGAACGAAGGUCAAAUGGCUGAUAGCUGAAAUGCUUUCUUUGAGAGCAUCUAAAAGUAAUAUGUACAUCUUUGUUGAAUAGGGGAAAAAUAGCAAUGGCAUUGGGAAAAGAGGAGGAAAUGAGAACUUAAAGAUGGCUUCUCACGAGGUCUGCAAACAUGGAACAAGGAACGAAGGUCAAAUGUGACUUCGUUUCUUGUUGUUCUGUGCACUUAACCAAACGACGUUGUUUGGCGGAUUGGAUUAAUUAAAAAAAAAACAGCCUGCUCGGUCUCUGCGUAUCUGCCUUGCUAGAUCUCGCACAACAGGUAUCCAACGAAGAAGAUGAAGCUUAUGGGGUGGCGCCGGCACAGGCUCACACCCCCUGGUUCUGCCCCUGAGUAGAGUCAUUCCUUGUGCACUCUAUUAAGGGGCCAUUGCAAUAACUUAUGAGUUUGGUUCUAACACUUGGAUGCCCCAUUGGAAUCCUUGUUUUUUUAUUUGUUUUGACAAAUGCCGCCGAGACAAAAGCACACCAGAGGUGCAGGGGCUGGUUCUAGCAGGGCUAACGCUGGCCGGGUACCAACCUAGGUUCCCGCAACUUAGAGAUGAGCUGAAGUACACAGAGCUGCUACAGAAGAACAUGGGCACAUUUUACUACCCCGACGAGGGCGUGCUCGCUGAAGCAGGGGUAAGGACAGAGGUGAUGCAGCUUUUGGGCCGAGGAUGGUGGAGGCAUCUAUUCUUCGGGAUUAGAGACCCGACAUUUAGGGAGAUCACUUGCGAGGUAUUAGCUACAUUCAGGACGCCCAAGGUCCUUGCCCCGGAGGACAACCAUUGGCCAGUCAUUAAGUUCCGGGCUUUUGAGGAGAACCACUCCAUUACCAUUUCUGAGAUGGAGUAUCAUUUGGGUUUCACGAGGAUUGAGGACAACGGCCAACAUGAGGCCAG